AUGGAUGAAGAAGACCACUUCUCUGGUAGCUCGCCGGAGCUGGACAGAAACAACGAGAACGACAACGAUGCCGAGAACGACGAGGUAAUGGAGGAUGCCGAUGCCGACGGCGAGGGAGACGUAGACGCCGAUGGUGAUGCAGAUGCGGAUGCGGAUGGAGAUGCGGAUGGUGAUGCCGACGGCGAGGCGGACGACGACGAGGACAAUGACAACGACAAUGACGACGAAGACAACGACGAUGAGAACGACGACGGCGAGAGCGCUGAUGCGGGUGAGGAAGAGCACCAGAAAGCGCAAUCGCCGUCCCAGUCACAGUCGCAAACGCAGCAAGAUGGCAAGUCCUCGUCGAGUAAAGCAGCGCCAGAUGGAGGCGAGGACAACGGGGCCUCGGGAGAAGGCGAGGACGAGGGCACUUCCACCUCCAACGGGGACGCAAAGGGUUCCCAAGAUGCACAGUCAGGGCCGUUCCGGCCGUCUGUUCGCCCCGAAGCUCUGAACGCCCGCCUAUACGACAUCGUCCCCACGAUGGCGGCGCCGCAGGCCACGAGCGUCAACGCCAUGGCCAUCACACCCGACCUGAGAUACUGGUUCACUGGCGGGUCGGACGGCUACAUUCGCAAGUACGAUGGCCCGGGCACUAUUAAUGGUAAGCUUGCCUUGACUGUUGCGCAAAGGCAUCCGUUUGUGGACAGUGUCACCAAGGCUGGCAUUCUCAUGUCAUACUGGGAGAACGAGGAGCCAUCGGGUCGAGGGGCCGCUGGCGACCACGAUCCGGUGCUGUCGCCUGUCUACUCUCUGGCCGUCCACUCGCAAGCGCUGUGGUUGCUCUCCGGCCUGGAGUCCGGGGGCAUCAACCUCCAGAGUGUGAGGCACGACGAGGGAAAGAAGAUCACAUGUCUACAGCAGCAUACCAACGCCGUGAGUGUGCUGUCAUUAGCACAGGAUGAGCGGAGCGUGCUGAGCGGUGGGUGGGAUAAGAAUAUUUUUGACUGGGACCUCAACACGGGGCAGGUCAAGCGUUCCUUUGAAGGGAGUGGUGGCCAGAUAUCUGCUCUUGAGCUACGGCCUGCGUCUGGGGAACCCGUCCCGGCCGAUGCCGAUGAGCCCUUCCUGUCGGAUACCAUUUCAACCAACAACGCUCAGCCAUUCACAAACGGCACUGGUUUCCUCAAUGGGGAUUCCACAAGGGGGUCAGGCGCUCCAGGAGCUGAUUCUACCGCAUCAUUCAACGGCGGCGAAGAGAGCCAGGCCUCCCCAGCCCACGAAAGCCUGUUUGGUGGUAGCGAUGCCGGAAGUCUUUUUGGCGAAACAGCUGGCGAACAACCUUUCGGGCAGGAUGAGGAUGAGUACCAUGGAGGUAUGAACAUGAUGUCAGGUCAUGAACAUGGAGGUGGCAUGGACCAUUCGGCAGACAUGGCCAUGGCAGGCAUGGAGGACAGCAAGGAAAAGGAGACUGCGCCUGCAGUGUCGGCGCCUGCUCCUGAAGGUGAUGCCAUGGACGUGGACCCGGUCGUCCCCCCUCCGUCCGAAGGUCUCUCACAAGCGCAGACUCUGAGUCAAGACAUCAAACUGGAGCCAUCGGCGUCUACUGAUGGACCUCAGCUCGACCCAGAACAGUUAAGGAUAGCCCGGGAGCUCAAACGGGAGGAUACUGAAGUCAAUGGAGUGCAGAAUUCUUCAGCAGCUUCCCAGUCUCCCAAACUGUUAUAUGGAUCAGGCCCCCAAACGCAGUUUGACCCCUCGCAAACCUCACCAGACACCUUCCUAUCCGCCGCCAUGGAUGGUAUAAUCCGAAUCUGGGACAAACGUGCCCCGACCCCUGUGGCUCGCAUUGGAAACAGAGUAGGCGUGCCUCCUUGGUGCAUGAGCGCAUGCUGGAGUCCUAACGGAAAUAUGAUCUACGCUGGAAGACGUAACGGCACAGUCGAGGAGUUCGACGUGCGCAAAGCUAAGAGAGGGUGGGAGCCUGAACGGGUGCUCAAAUUCCCUGCCGGCAGUGGAGCCGUGAGCGCGGUAAAGCCCAUGGUCAACGGGCGACAUCUCGUCUGUGCUUCGCAUGAUAUUAUGCGGCUUUACGACCUUCGGGACACAAGAGCGUUCAAGCAUUCUACAGUACCGUUCCUGAUCAUCCCCGGCCCGCCGCGUGCCGGAGUCAUCUCAAGCUUAUACGUCGACCCUACCAGCCGGUACAUGCUCAGCGCAGCCGGAACCAGAGGCUGGGAGGGCAGCAGCACCGAAGUUUUGAUUGGAUACGAGAUUAAUGUUGUUGAGGAUUAA